AUAGAAAUACUUGUUUGUCAUCUCAAAUCAUGCAAAAAUGUGAUCAAAGCAUUGUGAUAAUACGAUAGUUUGCUAUAUGAUCAUUAUAGUGACAAUCGCGGCUGCUACUGGUUGAUUGAAAAGUACAAUUCAAAUUAUCUUUGAGUUUUCAGAUAUUAUUAUUGUCUAUAACGCGUGAGAACUAACUCCAUUCAGCGUACAAAUCAGCCUUCAGCCCAGUGAAUCUUCUAGUCAAACAUAAAAUUGUAUAUAAAAAACUGUCAUGACAUCAUAAGUGAAAUACCGCCCAACCUCACACAAUCCAGUAUGAAUUCAACGAGAUAUAAAAAAGUUACUACCAAACCUGCUGCGGAAUGCGAAGGUGAAAUGCGAUACAGUAGAGUAUCGACUGGCAAUAAAAGGAAGAGCCGCCGCGUAGGAUGGUAUUGGGCUCUUCCUUUCCUUGGUUUCUGGGUACUACUCUAUUUCGGAGUGGUUCUACCAAUUUACCAUCAUUUACCUGAAGCACUUAGCAUUAAGGACGAACACAUUCACCAUGACAGAUUUAUUGCCGAACGGGCUGAACAAACUCUGGCCAAAUUGGAGGCUAUUGGACCAAAAGUUGUUGGCAGUAAUGCCAAUGAAGUUGAGGCUGUUAAUCUUAUUGUAAGCGAAGUGGAGAAGGUGCAGAAGAUUAUGAACAAAGAAUUAUUUACAUUGGAUCUUGAUAUUCAAGAAGUUUCGGGAGCAUAUGUUCACGGUGAAAUGGUGAAUAUGUAUCAGGGAUUACAAAAUAUUGUUGUGAAGUUUGCAUCAAACUAUUCAAAUAGUUCAUCAUAUUUACUUAUAAAUACGCAUUUUGAUACAAAACCUGGAUCACCUGGUUCCGGAGAUGCUGGAGUAAUGGUUGCCAUUAUGCUCGAAGUAAUCAGGGUUCUGGCAGUUGGCAGGCAGACAUUUGACCAUCCGAUAGUGUUUUUAUUUAAUGGAGGGGAAGAAAACCCUCUGCAAGCCUCACAUGGCUUUAUAACUCAGCAUAAAUGGGCUAAGAACUGCAAAGCACUUAUAAACCUCGACUCAAGUGGAAGUGGACACCGGGAUCUUCUCUUUCAAACUGGUCCCAAUAACCCUUGGCUACUCAAGUACUAUAAGCAAAAUGCAAUUCAUCCAUUUGCCAAUACUAUUGCCGAAGAACUCUUCCAAGCAAAUGUGAUUCCAUCCGACACUGAUUUUAGGAUAUUCAAGAACUUUGGCCGAGUUCCAGGCUUGGAUAUGGCCCAUACCUACAAUGGUUAUGUCUAUCAUACGAAAUUCGAUACGAUGAGUAUAAUUCCGCAAGAAACGAUUCAAAACACCGGUGACAAUGUUUUAUCCCUCGCUAAGGCUUUUGCUAAUGCCCCAGAGCUGGAAGAUCCUUCGAUAUACGCCAAGGGACACACAGUCUACUAUGAUGUCUUUGGAAAAUAUCUCGUCUACUAUACCGAAUCGCAGGCAGAACAAAUCAAUUACGUGCUUUCAGCUUUGACACUUCUAGCUGUGGUUGUAUCCCUGUGGGCCAUGGCCAAAGUAGGUGAAGUGUCCUUCGUUAACAUCCUCGGUACAUUCUUUUGUGUGUUUUGUGUGCAUGUUAUUGCUUUUGUUCUGGCUGUUGGACUGCCAAUUUUGUUGGCAGUUGGAUUGGAUUUGUUGGGAUUAUCAAUGACAUGGUUCACCAAUAAAUGGAUGAUUAUUGGUCUUUAUGUGUGUCCAACAUUGGUUGGAUUGGGUAUUCCUACAGCAAUUUAUAUUAGCUCUUCCAAGGACAAAUUGAAUAUUUCAUUCAAGACUCAAAUGGUGCUUCAUUCACAAUGCAUUUUGUUGACCAUACUUUUAUGUGUUGGAACAUACUUUGGAAUAAGGUCGUCGUAUUUGUUGAUGAUAACUGUUUUGUUCUAUUAUAUUCCUUUGGUUGUUAAUUUGGUGACUUGCUUGUUUAAAAGAGGAUAUCAAUGGGCAAUUCUGGUGGUUGCAUGCCAGAUACCAGCAUUUGCAAGUGUAACAUACAUGUCGUGCAUAUUUUUCAUGAGUCUCAUACCAAUGAUGGGACGAAUUGGAUCGAAGUAUAAUCCGGAUUUAUUGAUUGGAGGUGUUGCAUCAGUAACAGCACUGUUGGCGUUGGGAUACAUUAUUCCACUCCUGAACCUAUUCCGGAAAUCACUCGUAAUAAUCACAUCUCUCUUGACCAUCACUGCCAUUUUCUUUAUAUUCACUGUGACACCAAUUGGAUUUCCAUUCCGAGAGGAAACCAAUGUUGAACGAUUUCAUCUACAGCAUAUCCGGAGACUAUUUCACGAAGCUGAUUCAUCAAUUAGUCGCAAUGAUUCCGGAUAUUAUUUUGAUCUUCAAGACCGACGGCAAUUUAGACAUAUCAAAGAUGUUUUCGAUACAUCAAAAUUAGCAGACAUGUCUGAAGAAUGCAACAAACAUAUAUUCUGUGGUUUUCCUGUUUUUAACCAUCGCUGGAAUAAAGCAAAGGUUCUAUCACAAUGGCUUCCUUCUGACGAUAACUCAAUACCUGGAUCUCCAAAACUCACUUUACUAAGUAAAAAUGUUACUUUAAACAGUUCAUCAACUAUUCGUUUCGAUUUUGAACUAAGUGGACCCUCUCACAUGGGAAUUUAUCUAAAUCCACUAAAUGGAUCGAAAAUAAUCGAAUGGUCCUUUUUGGACACUUUGCUUCGAGAUAAAUGGAAUCCACCUUAUUUCGUUUAUUUCUCAAUGGGAAAGGAUAAGACUCCUUUGCAAUUUUAUGUUCUUCUUGAGAACCAAAGUUAUAUGGAAGAAACAAAUAGCACAAUUCCUACUUUAGAGCUAGGAAUUGGUGGACAUUAUGUUAGCUUUGAACACACACGAAGUCUGGCCAACAAAGCAUUCAUUCAAAGCUUCCCACCAUACGCCUAUGUCAUGGAAUGGCCAAGUUCCUAUGAGCGCUGGAUUUACUAAAACAAUUGUUUUCUAGUUUGUAGUAUUUUAUACGCAUAAUAAUUAUAUUUAUAACAAAAAAAAAAAAA